AUGGCUAAAAAGACAUCUGGGAAAACCCCUACGUCCAUUCCCAAGAAAGACGAGUACACCCGGAUAUCUUACUUGUACCAGGUGUCACAAAUGAUGUUACAAAAUCCCAAGUUUCACACACUCUCCCGAGUCUACAGCAGAAAUGCUACGGUGAUAUCCAAAAAAGCAGUGCUCAAGUUGACACCUAACUUCAAGAGAACCAUGUGCAAGCAGUGUAAUACGAUCCUCGUUGCUGGGGCCACACUACGGGUCCGGCUAGAGAAUUUGUCGGGCUCCAAAGACCCCAAAAACGACGUUCUUAUUUAUCUGUGCAUGGUAUGUGAUACAGUAAAGAGGUUUCCGGUGGGAAAAGACAGACAGUACGAACUAUUUAGCGACAAGCACGAGACACCGCUUGUUUGA